UUUUUCUUUCUGUGCAAUGUUUGGCCCCAUAUCUAAUCGGAUUUGCAAUCAAACAUUUUGAUGUCACACAAUCAUGCUCUUUACUUCUUUUAGGGCUCCACCCGACGAGAUUAAAACUUUUGCGGAGAUUUUAUGCCGUCACAUUGACGCUCCCAUCAAUUUCGGUCCUCUUUGAGCUUGGGAUGUAGAUUGUCUCUAAUUUGGCUGCAUGAGCUGAAUAUUCUUUGUUUCUGUUUCUUGCUGCUUAUCAAAGCUAACAGAAGGGAAUAUGCCUUGACAUCCCAUUUCGAAUAGCCUGAAUUUGUUUUUUUUUAUUUGGUCCCAAAAAAAAUUCUGAAUUUGGUGUUGAAGACAAGCAUACUCAUUAAUGGCCACUGGAAUUCAAUUUAAUUCCUUUUUCUCUGCUUUUAUCACCUUCCUGUUUCCACAGCCAAAACCGUAACCUUUUGACCAUUCGUAUCCCUUUCAAGCUAAUAAAAAUGACUUUUGGAGGGAAAACAAAAUCACAUAAAGGCCAUAUUAUUUAAUACAAUAACUCUAAUUUCUUCUUACAUUAAGUUUGAACUAAAAAUAAACAGUCAUGACAUCCAUAUGAUUUGCCCCAGAAAAGGACAUUCUUAAAGGAAAUAAGACAAAACAACAGACAGCAAAAAUUUGCAGGGUCUUUGGAGAUGGUCAUGUUGGCUACUAACAUUGGUCAAGCUCAGUGACAAUAAAGCCUGCCAUCAGAGGCAUCUGGGUGCUUGUUUAGGGUUUUGGCAUCCGGGUUUUCUAAGAUGCAAGGCUUUCUGGGUUUUUGCUUGCUGUUUGUGGAGUUCUUUGGAUUCUUGAAGUUGAAAUUUAUCUCCAAGUUUGUCUUUUUUCUCAAAGAGUUAAUGUAGGCAUGGACUUGUGGAGGAAGGUGGGUGGAUUCUCAGAUGGUGAGCACAUCAUAAUUUUCUGGUCAAUUUUAAAGCUAAGAGCUAGAGAUUAGAGUAGAAUCUGGAUUGAAGUUUUCUUGGAUUGGAUGGUGCUUGGAAAUCUUCUUUUGUUUAUUGUUGGCAUUUUCAGCUAUGCAUCAGGCGCAUUUGUAGGAAUAAAUCUUGGAACUGAUGUUUCAAACAUGCCAUCGGCUCCAGAUGUGGUUUCAAUUCUUAAAGCCAAUCAGAUUACUCAUCUGCGCCUCUAUGAUGCUGAUGCCCACAUGUUGAAAGCCCUUGCAGACAGUGGGAUUGAAGUAAUGGUUGGUGUUACAAAUGAGGAGGUCUUAGGAAUUGGAGAAUCUCCAUCAAAAGCAGCAGCAUGGAUCAAUCAAAAUGUUGCAGCUUACUUGCCUUCAACCAGCAUUACAGCCAUUGCGGUUGGCAGUGAGGUUCUUACCUCAAUCCCUAAUCUUGUCACUGUUUUGGUUCCUGCCAUGAACUACCUCCACAAAGCCCUUGUUGCUUCAAAUCUAAAUUUUCAGGUCAAAAUUUCAACCCCUCAAGCCAUGGACAUUAUCCCAAGGCCUUUCCCCCCCUCAACUGCCACCUUUAAUUCCUCAUGGAGCGCUACAGUUUAUCAGAUUCUUCAGUUCUUGAAAAACACAGACUCGUUCUACAUGUUAAACGCAUAUCCAUAUUUUGGAUACACAUCUGGAAAUGGCAUUUUCCCUCUUGAUUAUGCUCUCUUCCGAUCACUUCCCUCGGUCAAACAGAUUGUUGACCCCAACACUCUUUCUCACUAUGACAGCAUGUUUGAUGCUUUGGUUGAUGCAACCUAUUAUUCUAUAGAAGCUCUGAAUAUGUCUGGGAUCUCAAUUGUAGUUACAGAAACUGGCUGGCCUUGGCUUGGUGGAGCCAAUGAACCUGAUGCCACUGCAGAAAAUGCUGAGACCUUCAAUAGUAAUUUGAUUCGGAGAGUUCUAAAUGAUUCAGGGCCACCUAGUCAGCCAAAAGUUCCCAUCAACACAUACAUUUAUGAGUUGUUCAAUGAAGACAAGAGGCCUGGGCCCGUGUCUGAGAAAAACUGGGGCUUAUUUUUUACCAAUGGCAGUGCUGUUUAUACUUUUAGUUUGAGCACUUCGAAUCAAAUUACUGGAAAUAAUUCUGAUUUCUGUGUUGCGAAACCAAAUGCGGAUCCUGGUAAGUUGCAAGCAGGGCUGGACUGGGCAUGUGGGCAAGGAGGGGCUAACUGCGAUGCUAUCCAAGAAGGGAAACCAUGCUAUCUUCCUAAUACUUACCAGAACCAUGCAUCUUAUGCUUACAAUGACUAUUAUCAAAAAAAGCGUUCUGUUGGUGCAACAUGCGACUUUGAUGGUACUGCUGCAACGACUACGGUUGAUCCCAGUUAUGGAUCCUGUAAAUUUACCGGGAGUUCAACUAUCACGCCGAACUCAAAUGGAGGAUUUACAACAACUGUGGCACCUGGACCCGUGACUCCUCAAGGAGGGAGUGCGACUGUGAACCUGCCAGUUUCAAAAAUUCAGUUUCUAAUAUCAGCAGUGUUUCUUGCUCUAGUCUUGCUUUGACACCUAGGUCCAUCCAGUUUUGCAUCUUGUUAGUUGUUUCAACAAGUGGUGAAGAUCAUUCCCUCACUGAAAAUGAUUACAAAUGCACGAUGUACACUGAUUAAAUAAUAUAUAGGAUUGUUCACGUGUUGUUAUUUGGUUCCA